AUGUCACAACCAUCGACCGUAAUCAGAAUCAAGCCCCACCAAUAUAUUCAUGUAUUAGAUAAUAAUACAAAUGUUGCAAGAGUCGAGAUUGGUCCACAAACCUUUACUCGUCUCGAUCACGAAAAGGUAGUUUCAGCAUCACCAUUGUCAAUGAUUAUGAUCCCACCAAGAAACUAUUGUAUUAUUGAAAACCCAGUUAUUAGAGGAGCUGAUGGAAAGCUCAUUCUCGAUCAAUUCGAACAACCAAAGCUCAGACACGGUGACACUGAGAUUCGUUUUGCUCAAGAUCCAUUUGCAUUAUACCCAGGUGAAGUCCUCUUGGCCCCACCAGUCCCACUCCAAGUUGUACACGCCAACAGUGCCCUCCGUCUCAAGUGUCUUCGUGACUUUGUCGAGGUCACUGCCGACAAGAAGGAGCUCCACCACGUCGCCGGUGACGAGUGGCUCUUUGAAGGCCCAGGCACCUACUACCCCAAGGUCGAAGUCCAAGUUGUCGAAGUCGCCAAAUCCACCAUCAUCAAGGAGAACCAAGCCCUCCGUCUCAGAGCCCGUCUCCAAACCACCGAUCGUAAGGGUGUUGUCCGUCAACCAGGAGAAGAAUGGUUGGUCCGUGACAGCGGUGCCUACUUGCCAGGUGUCUAUGAAGAGAUUGUUGGCUUUGUUGCCGCUCUUGUCUUGACCGACCGUAUUGCCUACCAAUUGCUUGCUCUCCGUUCCUUCAAGGAUCAAUUUGGCAAGUCCCGUCGUGCCGGUGAAGAGUGGAUCAUCACUCAAAAGGACAGCGACACUUACAUCCCAUCGGUCGAUGAAAAGGUAGUUCGUGACUUGAAGGCCAUCACCCUCACCAACCGUCAAUACUGUAUCGUCGCCGACCCAAUCGACCCAACCUCUGGCAAGAACCAACUCGGCCACAAGCAACUCCGCAAGGGUGACCGCACAUUCUUCCUCUUGCCAGGCGAAACCUUGGUAGGUGGUGUCCAAAACGUCAACGUCCUCGCCGAAGACGAAGCCCUCUUGCUCUCGGCCAAGGAAAUGUUUGUCGAAAAGACAGAAAAGGAGACUGUUACCCGUAAGCCAGGAGACAGCUGGAUGAUCUAUGGUCCAACCGACUAUAUCCCACCCAUUGAAAUCGAAGUCGUCGAGAAGCGUAAGCGUAUCCCAUUGGACGUCAACGAAGGUAUCUAUGUCCGUGACACCAAGACUGGCAAGGUCCGUUCCGUCAUUGGCGCCUCGUACAUGUUGUCUGCCAACGAAGAGAGAUGGCCAAAGCCCCUCACCCCAAUCGUCGACGAGCUCCUCUCCAAGUCGGCCACCCGUGACGCCAACGAAGAGUCCAACGAUGUUGAACGUGAUCCAACUGAAGUCGUCACUUACCGUGUCCCACACAAUGCCGCCGUCCAAAUCUAUGACUACCGUAAAAAGGAGGCUCGUGUCAUUUUCGGUCCAGAGUUGGUCAUGCUCGCUCCAGAUGAAGAGUUUACCGUCCUCUCCCUCUCUGGUAAGAUUCCAAAGCGUCCAAACCAUAUUCGUUCCCUCGCCCUCUUCCUCGGUCCAGAUUUCAUGACUGAUCUCAUCACUGUCGAAACUGCCGAUCAUGCUCGUCUCUCCUUGAAGCUCUCCUACAACUGGCAUUUCAAGAUCGAUCCAAAGAAUACUAGCAAGUUGUUUGCCUCAUCCGAUUUCACUGGUGAUUUGUGCAAGGCUACUGGUUCUUUGGUUCGUGCUGCCGUCGCUGCCUCCACUUUUGACAACUUCCACAAGCACUCUUCGGAAAUCAUCCACGAAGCUGUCUUUGGCAAGACUGAAGAUGGUAGCCCAUGCGACCAAUUGGUUUUCGAAACCAACGGUCUCGUCAUUACCAACAUUGAUGUUCAAUCUGUAGAACCAGUUGAUCAACGUACCUUGGACUCUCUCCAAAAGUCUGUCCAAUUGGCCAUUGAAAUUACCACAAAGUCACAAGAACAAUCUGCCCGUCAAGAUGCCGAACGUCUUGAACAAAUUGCUCGUGGUGAAUUGGAACGUCAAAAGAUUGUUGAUGAAGCCCAUGCCGAACGUGCUCGUUCCAACCUCGUCAAGCUCCAAGCUCAAUCUGCCUCUGUCGAAUCCACCGGUCAAGCUAUCGCUGAAGCCCGUGCUCGUGCUGAAGCCUCACUCAUUGCCAUCGACGCUGAAGUCAAGCAAGCCAAGCUCGAAUGUGAAGCCUCUGAAAUUGAAGCCGCCGCCGAACUCGAACAAACCAUUGCCCUCCACGAAUCUGAAAUCGACCACAUCCAAUCACUCAAUGAACUCGAGGUCAACAAGGCCAAGGAACUCGCUGGCAUUGAAGUCUCCAAGUUUUCCAACCAAGUCGAAGCCCUCGGUACCGAAACCAUCAAAUCCAUUGCCCAAGCUGGCCCAGAAAUGCAAGCCAAGCUCCUCGGCGGUCUCGGUCUCAAGAGUUUCAUGAUUACCGACGGUAAAUCUCCAAUCAAUCUCCUCAAUACCGCUAAUGGUUUAAUCGGUAAUACUUCAUCUGGUUCAUUUGGUGAUUUCUAA